AUGCCAUCCGCGCCCGCGCAGGCCAAGAAGGCCGCCGCCAAGAAGCCGCUCGCCGCGAGCAACGCGCCCGCCGCGCCCCAGCAGCCCGGCGGCCACCAUGCGGGCAAGGCGAUCGAAGACAUAUACCAAAAGAAGACCCAGCUGGAGCACAUCCUGCUGCGCCCAGACACCUACAUCGGCAGCACGGAGAAGCAGCAGCAGCCGCUGUGGGUGCACGACGGCGAGCGGAUGACGUACAAGGCCAUCACGUACGCGCCGGGCCUGUUCAAAAUCUUUGACGAGAUCUUGGUGAACGCGGCGGACAACAAGGUCAGGGACCCCUCAAUGGACACCGUGAAGGUGGACAUAGACAAGGCCGCCAACUCGAUCCGCGUGUACAACAACGGCCUGGGCAUCCCCGUGGAGGUCCACAAGGAGGAGGGGGUGUACGUGCCGGAGCUCAUCUUUGGCCACCUGCUGACCAGCUCCAACUACGAUGACAAGGACGCCAAGGUCACUGGCGGGCGCAACGGCUACGGCGCCAAGCUGGCCAACAUCUUCAGCACCCACUUCUGCGUGGAGACCGCGGACGGCACCCGGCAGCGGCGGUUCAAGCAGACGUUCAGCGACAACAUGAGCAAGAAGUCCAACCCUGAGAUCAAGCCCUGCAAGGCCAGCGACAACUGGACCGCCAUCACCUUCAAGCCGGACCUGGCCAAGUUUGACAUGGCAGAGCUGGAGGACGACGUGGUGGCGCUGAUGCACAAGCGCGUGUACGACAUUGCGGGCGUGCUGGGCAAGACCGUCAAGGUGUACCUCAACGGCGUGCGGCUGCCCGUCAAGGCGUUCCAGGACUACUGCGAGCUCUACCUGGGCCCCAAGGACGCCGGGGUGCCGCGCGUGUACGAGCGCGUCAACGACAGGUGGGAGAUCUGCGUCAGCGCCACGGACGGCCAGUUCCAGCAGGUGUCGUUCGUCAAUAGCAUCUGCACCUCCAAGGGCGGCACGCACGUGGAUUACCUCGUCAACCAGAUCUCAAAGUACAUGUGCGAGAAGCUCAACAAGAAGAGCAAGACCGCCAACGUGAAGCCCUUCAUGGUCAAGAACCACCUCUGGGUGUUUGCCAACGCGCAGAUCGUGAACCCCGCCUUCGACUCGCAGACCAAGGAGACGCUGACCACCAAGGCCUCCAGCUUUGGCAGCAAGUGCGAGCUGACGCCCGCCAUGCUCGAGAAGAUCUCAAAGUCCGGCCUGAUGGACAACAUCCUGAGCUUCGCGGCCUUCAAGAGCCAGAAGGAACUCAAGAAGAGCGACGGCGCAAAGCGCAGCCGCCUCAUAGGCAUCGCCAAGCUGACGGACGCGAACGACGCCGGCACGCGCGGCAGCGGCGCGUGCACGCUGAUCCUGACGGAGGGCGACAGCGCCAAGACUCUGGCCAUGAGCGGCAUGAGCGUCCCGCACUGCGCCGCCGUCCCCGCUGUCCCCAGGGGGAAGCUGCUCAACGUGCGCGACGCGACGGCCAGCCAGAUCAGCGAGAACAUCCUGGGGCUGCAGCACGGCAAGCAGUACGAGGACACCAAGGCGCUGCGCUACGGCAGCCUCAUGAUCAUGACCGACCAGGCGAGCCCCGAAACCUUUCCCUCAAAUUCAUACGCGACAGGCCGGAUGGGUGUGCCCGUCGGCCGGCGCUGA